UUGGACUUUUACUUCCAGACGGCUAGAAGAAAUACUAGAUGACAUAUCGCAUGGAAGAAUGGCAGAAGCAUACCCAGUCCCACCUUCAAAGCUCGUUGAUAGUUCUAUUGAUGCCCUGACAGAAUGUCCGAUAUGUUUAGAUCAGUUCCAACAUCCCAAAGCGCUACCAUGUCUUCAUACGUUUUGCAAAAUAUGCCUCCAUACAUUUAUCCAGGAGUAUGCUUUUGGCACGAAAUCGACGUCAAUGAUUUUCCCCUGUCCCAUUUGUCGGAAGGACACUCAGCCUGCUGACACCUCUGUCAGCCAUACAAAAUGGGCUGAACAAUUCCCGACAAAUAGUCUGGUCGUAGCUAUUUUGGACAUGAAAAAGUUGAAGCUAUCGAAUAGGACAUGUGUACCAUGCACAAAAAAGAACAACCACGAGAAAGAAGCCAUACUUUGGUGUAAAAAUUGCUCCAUGUUCCUAUGCGGGGAAUGCAGAGAAGUACACGACAUUUUUAUUGUCGGGCACGAUAUUUUGACAGCAGAAGAGGUAGAAAUAGACCCAACGAAAACUAUUACCGUCUCAACCAAAUGCGAGGAGCAUGACGAAAUCAUGAAACUGUUCUGUGGGGAUCACAAGGUCGUCUGCUGUUCUACAUGUGUAGCUGUUGGACACAGAAAAUGUGACAAUGUUAUCACUGUUAAAGAACAAGCAAAACUAUUAAACGAAAGCAAUGAUGUGCCGAUUCUGACCAAUAUCGGUAAUGAUAUCAUCACUUUGGAUGUAGUGCUGAAAGGUUCAGAAGAAAAUCUAAAGGAACUUUCACAAAGCCAAAAAAGGCAGUCGGAUGAAAUGGUGGACCUGCGUAAACAAAUUGAUACACAUCUUGAUUACUUGCAGAAAAUCGACAUGACGAAAUCAGUAAUGGAUUUGAAAAAACAGCAAAAUGACAUCAAGUCGAGAAUGACACCAGUACGCAACUUAAAAUCUGCCAUUGAACAAUCGCAGAAACAGAUCAGAGCUGCAGAAAUAUGUAUGGAUGAUGCUGAGCUUGUUUUGACUCUUCAGAAGGUUUCCUCUACGAGGGACGGAUAUCAGGAGACGAUUGAGGAAAUUGUCUCACGAAAUAAGCGAUAUAAGUUGGGAUAUGAAAUGAAUGAAGCAUUGAAGAGUAUACUCGAUACAUUGGUAUUCUCUGUAACCAAAGCAAAGUUAGAAUUUGUUCGAAAUGUUGAUCCAUUUGUGUGGUGCAACAAAGCGAAACAAACAAACACUCUUAAAAUGAAACAGAACUCGCGUACGACAGGUGCAGUAUUCUUUGAUGCUGACACCAUUGUUUCCGUGGACAACAAAAAUAACUUGCUCUGUUGUAACUUCACUGACGGAAGCUUGAAAUUCCUUCUCAGACUAGACGGGAAGCCAUGGGAUUUAUGCAAAAUUAACCACGACAGCGUAGCGGUAACCAUACCGGGGAAGGAAACUAUCGCAAUAGUCGAGGUUGGUGAUGAUAACUUUUGCUUGAAAUGGAACAUUCUCGUCAGUGGCAAAUGUCAUGGAAUUGCAUGCAUAGGCGACAGGUUUCUUGUAACAUGUCCACGUGAGAACGAAAUACUGAUUGUGGAUACCUCUGGUUCGAAUCAGAAAAGCAUUACUUUGAAAAAAAAAAAAAAAAACAUGUGGCAUGCAGUUGCACCUAAAGGUAGCAAUGCCUUUGUUAUUAGUGACAGGAUUGGAAUGAAAGGAGAAACAAUGUUACACAAGCUUGAUGAGGAGGACAUACCGAGUUGUUUCUUCCAAAGCGAUUUGAUUUCUGGUGGAAGAGGAAUGGAUGCUGACGAAUUCAGCAAUAUAUACGUGUGUGCCAUUGACGACAAUAGCAUCCUGAUGGUGUCGCCUAAAGGGGAGAGCAAAAUCUUCCUUUCAGGAAAUGACGGACUCAGUCAGCCGUGUUCUGUUGCUGUCUGUGGUGACCGAGUGGUUAUCUUUGAAGAGAAAAGUGCCACCGGGAAAAUGUUUCAGAUCUUACCUUGAAUUCAUUUUAGAUGUUCAUAACAGACUCUCUAAUUUUUGUUCCUGUUGUUGUCAGUGAAACUUGGCAUCUUCUUUUCUGCUUUGUCAUUCGAGUUAGAUAUCUACAUAAUAUUUAUUUGCGGUCUGGAUAAGGUGUGUUAUUAAUUUUCUAAAGAAUACAUUGACACUGCCAUGUUUUGUUGCACUACUUGUGAUAUACUAUAUAUCCAUUAAACACUGGUUUUUCUUUGGUCAGAUUUGAAAUAUCGGGUAUAACACUUGAUACAAACAUUGAUAAAAUUCUGAAAUUACGAAAUUCACGUUUAUCGUUCAAGAUGUUUGAUUUAGGUACACGUAAUUAAAUUUGAGUUGAAUUGAGUUUAACCAAUAAAAUGUAAGUUAGUAAACACGUUUGUUUUAAAAUCUAUAUACCUAUUCUCCUGUUACUCUUUUCAAACGUUUGAAGAUGGUGACAUUGGAAUGGUUUAACUUACGUCAUUGUACAGAUUUGAUAGGUAUUCAUUGUAGAAAGUUUGACUGACCAGUGUUUGGAAACUUUAA